GGGAGUUGCCGCCCCAGUCGUGUUUAGAAACGAUCUUUUGCUUCCAAGAGUAAGUCAUGGCCACAUGUUGAAAAUAUAUAGACACUUUUUUAUUGGCCGUCCGUUCAGGGGCGUGGGCGGGGACUUUGACAACAUCGUCGUAAGGCAGUCUGGCGGGUAAGGUUGGGGAAAGUAAAUCACCUGUCACUUGUAUUGGUCUCGACCAUAUUACGCCUGAGCGAGGUCGACUCGGACUGGUGUAGUUCACCAUUGCUUCUUCAAACCUCGACAACACCAGAAGCAGGCCGGGCUUAAUUAAUUUAAAUUCACGGAUGUUACAAGAGGAACAAGCCGCUGUGUGCCAGUGACACCGAAUCGUCACCGCUCUCGAGCAAGCGGUGUAGAGGAGCUUAGCUGUGCCAUUGAGCAGGUCCAUUUCUCUGUAACAGGUGAUACGAGGGACACUCUCGCAUAUGGCAUCAUGUCCGAGUCGCUCUCAAAUGAUUUACCUAAGAAGUUUUCAUUUUGGAUGCAAAUUGGACUUACUCGAGAACAGAUUAAUGUGGAAGGCGAAUUGUCUUUGGCUGGCUUGAAGGAAGCAGCGUGUUCCUUCGUGGACCGAAAGUUCCCGGAACAUGGCUUUUACAACCUUGUGGACAAGAUUCUGCUGUUCCAACAUAGCCAGAGCUGUGCUAAUGUCCUACAGCUUAUUGAUGACCCCAGCACGAUUGGGGAGGCCAGUCUCGUGGAAGUUGUGCUGUCAGCCCAAGCCACGAUGGAGGAGCUCCAGAUCCGACCCCACUUGCUGUUUGUUCAUUCCUACAAGUCACCUCACUUCUGUGACUUCUGUGGGGAGAUGCUGUUUGGACUUGUAAAACAGGGACUCAAGUGUGAAGGUUGUGGACAAAAUUUCCACAAGCGCUGUGCCUACAAGAUCCCGAACAACUGUAAUCAUCAACGCUAUCGACGCCAGUCCUCGGGGAGUGUGUCAUCCAAUGUGUCCUUCACCUUGCCUUUACCGGAGCCAGCCCUGAAUGAUAAAGAUAACCUCCUGAAUGUGCCAAGUCCUACUUCUGAUAGUGACUAUUUACUUCACUCUUCAUUGUCCCUGUAUUUGUCACAGAACCUCCUGAAUGUGCCGAGUCCUACUGCUCCCCCUUCCCCAGGGAGUGGUCGGUCCAAGUCCUGGAGUGGGCGCCCCAUGUGGCAGGAGAGGGAGUUCGCCAAACGCAUCAAGGUGCCUCACACGUUCAUCGUCCACAACUACACACGCCCCACUGUAUGCCAGUGGUGCAAGCGACUACUCAAAGGCCUUUUCAGACAAGGAAUGCAGUGUAAAGAUUGCAAGUUCAACUGUCAUCGUAAGUGUGCGCCGUUGGUUCCGAACGAUUGUGCUGGUGAGCUGCCGUACAGGAUAGCUAUGGAAAUGGACUAUGACACACAACAAAUAGUCCGAAUAGAUGACUAUGUAGAAACAUUUGGCAGUCCAGAAACUGAGAGCUUGAUUGAGCCAGACAUUACUGAAGGUGACCAAGAUGAAUUCUCAACUCAUGGUGAUGAAAACUGCCAACAAGAAUUUGAAGAAAAUGAAGAUGGGCAACAGAAGCCCCCUCUGAGUCCCACCCAGAGCAGCAACAUCCCCCUGAUGAGAGUGGUACAGUCUGUCAAACACACCAAGCGGACUGGGUCCAAAAUCAUCAAGGAGGGGUGGAUGGUGCACUUCACCAACAGGGAUCAUGUUAGAAAACGACAUUAUUGGAGACUCGACACAAAAGCUAUUACUAUGUUUCUGAAUGAAAAUACUUCAAGGUACUUCAAGGAGAUUCAACUGAACAGCAUUGAGGGGGUAGAACCUGCUAAAUCUAAACACAUUGACCCCUCCCGACCACCACAUGUCUUCGAGAUCCGAACAUCGAAUGCUAUCUAUUGCAUUGGGGAAGACCCAACAUUUGGACAUCAGGAGAACAACAUUGUAUCAUCGACUGAGAGUGGAAUCGGUCUGGAGCAGGCCAAACAUUGGGAGCAGGCACUUAGACAAGCUUUGAUGCCUGUAACUCCAACCUCCAGUGUCAUGAGCAUGGUGGGAGGUGAAAACCAGAACAAUGGCACAGAUGGAACCGCAUCACAGAAACCGCCAGAUGUCAGCCAGCUGUACCAAAUAUUUCCAGAAGAUGUCCUUGGGUCUGGACAGUUUGGAAUAGUUUAUGGAGGUCGACAUCGGAAGACAUAUCGGGAUGUGGCCAUCAAAGUCAUAGACAAGAUGAGAUUCCCCACCAAGCAGGAGGCACAGCUGAAGACUGAAGUCUCCAUUCUGCAGAACCUGCAUCAUCCAGGAGUUGUCAACCUGGAGCAGAUGUUCGAAACACCAGAGAGGAUCUUCGUAGUGAUGGAGAAGCUGAAGGGAGAUAUGCUGGAGAUGAUACUGUCCAGCCCAAAGGGUCGACUCAGCGAGAGAGUCACCAAAUACCUCAUAUCACAAAUCCUUGUUGCCUUAAAACACCUACAUAACAAGAGCAUUGUGCACUGUGAUCUGAAGCCCGAAAAUGUACUGUUGUCAUCGGAGACUGCAUUCCCACAGGUCAAAUUAUGUGACUUUGGAUUUGCAAGAAUCAUCGGUGAAAAGUCUUUCCGUAGAUCUGUUGUUGGUACCCCUGCCUAUCUUGCCCCAGAAGUGUUGAAGAGGAAAGGUUACAAUCGGUCACUGGACAUGUGGUCAGUGGGAGUGGUCGUCUAUGUCAGUUUAAGUGGCACCUUCCCAUUCAAUGAAGAUGAAGAAAUCAGUGACCAAAUCCAAAAUGCUGCCUUUAUGUAUCCCCCCAGCCCUUGGAAGGAAAUAUCUCAGGAAGCUAUCGAUGUCAUCAGCAACCUGCUGCAGGUGAAGAUGAGGAAGAGGUUCACUGUUGACAAGUCUCUCUGUCACGUCUGGCUUCAGGAUUACCAAACUUGGUGUGAUCUGCGUAUUCUGGAGACAAAAGUGGGCUUGCGCUAUCUCACCCAUGAAUCAGACGAUGAAAGAUGGGAACAGUACCGCAGAGAAAAGAAUCUCAAACUUUGGAAUGAGGUUGGACAGAAAGGUGUGAAUGAAACAUAUAACCUCAGCAAGUUGCGUGACAAACCCAAGUCUUGAGAUCUAUUUGCGUUGAAAAAAAUAACUGUUAUUAUGUGACCUUGACAUCUCAUUGUGACCUUGACCUCACAAUGUGUCCUUGAGUACUUUGAUGGAGGAUGGGAGCAGGGCGCAAAGAUGCAGAACAAGUGGUGGAUUGGAUCUGGUUCAACGAUCUGCUAGAAGUCAUUUUUAUGUUUUGAACUAUGAACUUGUAUGUGUCAAUAUUGUGAGAAUGAUUGUUAAAUCUGAGAUGCACAGAAGUCCUGCAUUCUACCAAAGCCUUGCUCUACUUUACGAACUUGCUGUCGUCUGUCUGUCUGUUGAUUUGGUGGUCACAUACCCUGGAAUACUCUCAAACCAUAUUUUCUUCUUGGCAGCAUAGACUUAUGGUCAAGAGUCCUCAAGCAAGACGCAGAAACUGGGCAUUGGUAGUCAGUAUCACUAGCAUCGAGACAAGCUUCCUCAAAAGCACUUCAGAAAACCUACAUCAACCCAAAAUAAACAAUAAGCUGAGUCAUUGAUAAUAAGGACUUGAUAUUAACACGCACAAACAAAUGUGGGACAGAACUGAGCACAAAAAUGUUGACGUUUGUGUGUAUAUUCCGUAUGGUUGAGAACUGUCAAUUAAAGACUGUUUUUGUUAAUAAGAAUGAUGAUUGUCAGGGAUGGAAAAUCAGUACCGGUGCUUCCUGUAGUGUUUAUCACAUGAACAAGUUUGUUUUGACAAGAGUUAAGUGUAGCUGCUUUUUGAGAUGGAGUCCACCGAAAUUUUUCAGUCAAAUGUUUCCAUUUAUUGUUGUACAGAUCCUGCCAGUUGACAUUUCUCAAAUGUGUAUAUAGACAUCACAUUCACUCCUAAAACAGAUUGUAGUACUGUAAUCAUUGGGGAUGAAGUUGUCUAAAUGGUCAAAAACUGGGUCAAAAGAAUUCUCGCAUAAUAAACGUAUCAAAAUCUAGUAGGGAGACAUUAUGAGCUGACACAGUUCUUAUAUCAAAGGGCAGUGGGGUAUCCUAGUGGUUAAAGUGUUCAAUUCCCCAUAUGGGUACAAUGUGUGAAGCCCAUUACUGGUGUCCCUCACUAUGAUAUUGCUGGAAUAUCGCUAAAAGUGGCGUAAAACUACAUUCACAUAAACACACACUCUUAUAUCAAAGCCUUUCUCCAAUAUCUAGCCCUUUUUAGAGGAAAUAUAUUGUCUACUUGUUUUACAGACAAAACCACCCUGAAUUAAUUAAGGGUAAAAUGAAAUGAAAAUGCUGCUUGAAUCCAAAAUUAUAUUUUUU